UAUCUCUCAUCCUGCUUGACCAUUCCUAGGGCCUCUCAGGCACCCACGCAUUGUUCCGUAAGUCCUACACCAACGUCGUCACCAUGUACCAAGUCUACAAGUUGUGCUUCACCAGCAUGGCGCCUGAAUCGCGCCGUCGCGAGGACAUGCCGCUCCCAAUGUGGGGUUCGAUAUGUCAUUCUCGCGAUACUAAUUUCUCAGUAGAUACAGCUCAUAGGACAGUCUGCCCACCAUGCCCGCUAUGCUAGAUGACCCUACUGCGCCGGUCAUAUAUAGGACUUCCGGCGACGUACCAUAUCCUCCGCCUGGUGGCCCGCUGCCAGUGGGCAUUGCACCAUGUCAAGUAAUCCUGCGCGACCGGGUGACAAGCGCAACGAUAAUCCCCUUCUCUGCGCCGAACCAAGUUCCCCUCACAUUACUGGCAUACCUAUGCGAUCAAUUAGGACGCGAGAUUGAGAAGGGCGAUACCUAUCCCAUGGUUGAGCCGCUGACCCUCGAGGCGUUUGGUCCAUACUGGUUCGGUGUCUUUGGUGCCAUUAUGCUGCUGGGUGAGAUCCAGGAUGGCCGAGAACUGCACGAGAUGGCACGGAGAGGCUGCGACUGGGAGAGGGAAUGUCUGGGUAGUUUCUAUAUCAAGCCCAACUACCCGGGACGGUCGAGCCAUGUCUGCAACGGUGGGUUUCUGGUUACAGAUGCGUCGCGAAACCGAGGUGUUGGUCGCUUGAUGGGCGAGACAUACCUAGACUGGGCACCAAAGCUUGGCUAUACAUACUCCGUCUUCAACCUCGUUUACGAAACCAACGUCGCUUCCUGUCGCAUAUGGGACGCCCUCGGAUUCAAGCGCAUCGGUCGUGUGAAGGGUUGUGGAAACCUCAAGUCAUAUCCUGGCGAGCUGGUCGAUGCCAUCAUAUACGGUCGGGAUCUAGGCCAAGAUGACGAGUUUGUGUCUGAGGAGCGCUUCGACAAGAUUCGCUUCUAUCUCAAGAACGGAAAGUACCCCAACGGUGCUGACCGAGCAGAGAAGAGCCGUCUCCGUAGUGCAGCUACUCAUUACAAGCUUACGCCUGGUGAGGGCGACGAACCCGAGAAGCUGUGGCUGAAGGGUAAGGAGGUUAUUGCAGACCCUAAGCAGCAGUAUGAAAUUGCUCGCGAGAUCCAUCACAAGCACCAUGGGGGCAUCAAUAAGACUACUGCAGCGAUUGCUGAACUCUACCAUUGGGUUCGCAUAAAGGAGACUGUUAGCCAGGUCAUUCGUAACUGUCCAGAGUGCAGCGAGAUGAACAAAGGCCUGUCAGCUAUGCGCCAGGGUCAAAACCAAGCGCGUGCAGAGGCAAGAUCAGGAUCCAGUUUCCUUUCAUCAAGCGCCACGCAGCCGAACCUGACACCUACCCCACCGAGCUUGUUCUCACCAACGCAACCACCGCCUCCGUCAGAUUCUCCGAAUAGCCAGUUACAACUCGAGGCCGCACAGCAGCAGGACACAAUCUAUCCGCAAUACUCUCAAGACAAUGGUUACGACUUGCCUGUUGAUCCCGCACUGAUGCAAGGCAUGCAACCUGCUGCAAACCUAGCUGAUCUCCCGCCAUCACCUUUUCUCGCAGCUCAGGUUUCAAAUCGUGCCGGCCACGCAGGUGAACUUGAUCAUCAACGCAUGAGUCUCGAUCCAGGUUUAGAUGAGCGGGCACCUACUGCAGGGGAGGAGAUGCGAAGAAGAUUGAAUCUUGUGAGUCAAUACAAGUAAGCAGAUGCAGCAUGUGAAUCUUCGAACAUAGUGGUCUACGGCAUGGAUGACUAAUGGAUGCCUCCAUAUACUGGACCUCAAGAAUCGACAGUCGAUGUCGACCUGUCUAUAUUGAUGGACGUGGUCGUAAGCCAUGACGGCAUGGUUAAUCACACGAGGAAAUGGAAUGCUGCAAGAGCAUAGCGGCAUUUUUAGAUAAUGCAAUAACACAGCAAUGGAAGCUUGUGAGCACG